CCAAAAGCGGCCAGAGAGUUAUGACAGGAGCCGAGGCUGAAGUUUGUGUUUUGGUCCUGCCUGUUUUGGGGUCUGACUAAUUGGCUGUUGUCAUUAGAUUGCUGCACGAUGUGGAACGACGUUGAACUUUUACUCAACGAGGAUACAAACAGUGGUUUUAGCAGCGUGUCCAGGGAGGAGAAUGGCAGUGGCUUGUAUCAGGUGGACACUCUGGUCAAAAUCUCCGCAGCACAGAGGGUGCAGUCUGGUCCGCAUCUGUCCUCCUCCAGUGGGUCAAACUGGAGCGUUGUUGUUGCUGAUAGGACAGUCAUCCUGUUUGACCAGACAUAUCAGAGCAUCCUGCUGCAUCUUGACUUCGAAGCCAAUGUGGACGCCGUAGAUGUGUGUCUGGAAGGACAGUUUCUGGUUGUAUGUGAAAGAAGUGGAAACCUUAAUUUGAUCUACGUCCCACACAAGAGAAUCCUCCUCACCAGGGCUUUGGCCACAAAUCCCUCCAAUGGAAAUAAGAAAACAUAUCGCCAUCUCAUCAUAGAGGAGGAUAAGACGUCCUCAGGGAUGUACCAUGUGUUCCUUCUGGUAAAGGAUGGAUUUUUCCACAUCUCAAGCCUCGCUUUGCAGAAGAUCCAGACAGCAAUUGAUAAGAUGGACCUUGAGGCUUUGAAAGAGCUCCAGUCUCUGAUCAAGACAGACUUCUGCUCCACCAAGGAUUUCCACGAGGAGGGUUGCAGCACAGCCAUGAUGUUCAGCCUGAGCCACGAAAUCCACUUAAUGAUUGGGGGGGAGAAAGAAAAUGCCCUGACCCACUGGACAAUGGACCGGCGUCAGGCCGCCAUGAGUCUUGCUCACUGUCUCGACACGAGCUUGAUUCCAGGUGUGAGGAAACUCUUGGUGGUUGAAAAUCUCAUGUACGUCCUUGACACUGAGGAUGUUUUGAGUCUUUGGGACCUGCAUUUCCUCGUCAUGAUUUGCUGCUGGCCCGAUCUCGCCAUUCAUGACUUUCAGCUCACUGCAGAGUGCAGCUCCACCUCCAUGGCAGCUCAAGAAAAUGGCAGCAUGAAGUUGAUUACACUGACCAAGCAAGACAACAGCCAGGUCAGCACACUCCAAGUGCGUGAUCUGCCUUCCAUGGCGGUCUGCUACUCUCUGGAAGUCUCCUCCGUCGCCUGCCUUGUCCAGACAAGAAUAAGCAUGGAUACAAUUUAUUUAGUUGAGGGGAUUGCUGAGAACACAGACAGUAGCCCAGCAGAGCCUGUAUCCUGUGUGGUUGUGAGGUGCUUCACAGAGGCUUUACCAGAGAACAGACUCAGCAGACUUCUUCACAAACACAUGUUUGAUGAGGCGGAAAAGUUUGCCAAAACCUUCGAGCUGGAUUUAGAACUUGUUUACAAGGUGAAGUUGGACUUUGUGCUGGAGCAGCUUGCUUCUGCAUCAGUGGGUGGGUACGGACAGGACGUGUGGUCUGAAAUCGUGGAGGAAGCAAGGACCAACCUGAUGAAGAUCUCAGAUCAGCAGUAUGUGGUGGAAUACUGCCUCAAGGCCCCGUGGCCCACCUUCGAGACAGCGGAGAGAAUGCUAAACCACGCCGCCUCCAAGUACUCCUCCUUACACAUCCAGGAGGCGUUGGCCCGGCUGGCAACGUUCUGCAGCCUCCAUGGCCUGGAAAAGUUCAAUGGCAUUGCCUGGAUCGAGUUUCUAAACAGCACAGACCACAUUGGAGACAUCCUGACUCAGCUGAGAGAGCGUGACUUGAAGGGCGCACAACUCCUGUGGCUCAGACACGAGGGGCAGGUUGCAGGGGAGUUUGAUGAGAGCAGGCUUGAAGCUCUGCUCAGUGCCAUCCCAGAGGAUCUGCCGUCCCAGGACCUCUGUCCUUGGUUUAGGACCAUCAUCGUUCCCUUUGUGAGAAGAGUGCUACCCAGAGGACAGAAAAUCCUGGCAAGAUGGCUUGAGCAGAGGGCGAGGAAUCUGGAAUUAACAGAGAAGGGUGCCUGGCCCCAAAAUGGCUUGGACUUGGCAGAGCUUGGACUGCCAACUUCAUGGACGUGGAUGAAAUCAGAUGAUAAUUUUGGCGCUGUGGAAAUUGAGGACCUCAAGUCUCUUGCUUCCAACCUCCGCCAGCUGCUGGACCUCCAUAAGAAAUACAACUGUCGACUUUCACUCUCAGUAUUUGAGAAGGGAAGUGUUCGGAGUGUAGCUUUCUUCAUGCUGGAUAAAGUGCCGGCACCUGAACUCGUCUCUGCCACAGUGGAGAGCAGCGUCCUGCCGUACGCCACAGAGCACCAGAUUCCCUGUGACGAGCUGCUUCUGCAGUACAUCAAGGACCUGCUUGAGCGCUGCAGUUCUCAGACCUCGACACUUUUCACAGAGUGGGAAGCCAAAGCCCUGGCUGUGUUAAACUGCAUGACUGACACUGAUAUAAAGGUGGAUGCUGUGCUGGAGAUCAUGCAGAAGGCUGUGGUGCCCUGGAGUGACGUGGUGGAGAAGCUGGUUCAGCAGUAUCUAGAGAUGGAGGGACCAAAACAAAACCUUUUAAAGGAGAGCUACCAUCUGAUGGAGAUCAGGAAACUGCUCAGAGGCUACGGGAUCCGCAACUUCAACCUCUCCAACAACACUCAAGUUAUGACACUGAUUAGAUACAUCCUGAAGCAAGACUUUCCAAUGUCUUUGGAGGACUCUCUGAAGUUGGCUGAUGCAUACAAACUUCCAACUACACAGAUUAAUUAUUUGUAUCUAAUCCAACUGAUAGGCCAGGGCAAGACGGAAGCAUGCAUGACUGUCCUGAAGAAGCUGUCCUCAGCAGAGGCGGAGUGUGUGAUUGAGCGUCUCACAACCUGGGCCAGACUGCAGCUGGAGGACAAAGACCACUUAUCUGAAGAGCACAAGAAGCACCAGAUGGUCAUUGCCCAGGUGAUGGUGGAGGCAUUGAAGUUUCUACGAAUCAUCCAAAAACAUGAUGCUCUUAAAAGCAUGGAGUGUGAGACCAGUCUCAUCAUGUUCAAGACAAUCGCCCACCUACAGGAAGACUUUGACAUUUUCUUCACACCCUCCAACUACGAGGAUCCAAAAGUCCGAAAGCAGAUCCAGGAGCAUCACAUCACCGCCUACGAGAACACGCGGGGUUGCUGUCCGCCCAAGGGGAAAACCACAGCCGUUCCAGUGGUGGCCAAUGAUCCUGAUGGCAAGACCAAGACCAUCUCCACUGAAGCUGGCCUGCGCCGCCUGGGACGUCAGCUGCAGCGCUCGGAGCAGGAGCUUUGGUCUGACCUGGCCCUGCGAGCUCUGAGGGUGGGAAAGGUGGAUAAGGCCCUCAAGAUCCUCAGUGAGCUGUAUGAGCACCACUGUAACCCCAGCACAGGAAAGGUACUGUUCACUGCUGCCCAGACAUUGUGCCAGAUGCUGGAGGCAGAUGUGCCCAUGGUCCUUCCUGAUGAAAUGGAUUUGCCAGGAGUCAUUCACAACCUGGCCUGCCAGGCAGUCACAGUGUGCCACUCAGAUCUGCUCCUGGAUUGUUUGGAGCUGUGCAAGUGCACACGGACAGCCAUGGACGUCUAUCAUCAGUGUCAGCUGUCAGAUAACUAUGGGUUCAUAACCAAGGAUUUGACCCUGGAGGCAGAAAAAGAUCCAUACUCUCAGGGGAGUUUCCAGGAUGUUUUUAAUGAAGAUUGCAUCGUUCUGGACCCAGUGUCCGUGCUGCCUGUCCAGUAUGAGAUUACCAACAGUUUGUUGCCUGUGUCCCAGGAUACCAAGCUAUAUCCAUUGGACUGUUCCUGUCUUCCACACUGUUCUUUUGAGGAUGGCACAAACCACCUGAAGCCCUUGCUGGGCCCGCUGACCAACAUGUUGCAGAUGCUACAGGAGUGCAGUCAGCUGGAGCUUGCCCUCAGAGUGCUGGUCAACUCGUUUGGCGCCUGCCUGCAACAUGUCACUUCCAACAUUAUGGACCUAAAGCUCAGCACACAGCUUUAUGAUAAACAAGAGCUCAUGCAAUACCAUGUAUGCUUGAAUGAGCUGCGAAAGACAACCACGUCCUCUCUCAAUACUGUUGCUUUGGGGCUCCUGAACAAGGUGUUCAACUGGAGAGUGGUGGAUUGCGACUUGGCAAUUGGACUCUGCACGCUCCUCUCCAAACCGGAAGUCUUCAAAAUACUGUGGAAGGUUAUUGACAACACCUGGAAAAACUAUGACAAAAUCUUGGCUGUGGCCCGGAUUGGAGCCCAUCUCUGCAGCUUGUACAAAGAGGAAGAGGAACAGCAGAAGUUUCAUUCCGUCAUAACUGAUGCAGAAUGGGGCAUCAAGCUGGGCAAAUUAGGGAUCUCUAUCCAGUCUGUGUUUCGUCAGUGCCCUGAGAUGAAGAGUAAUCUGAUUCCUGUUUUGGUGAAGAACAAGAACAUCACCCCUGACAUUAUCCUCCAGUACUGCAGCACCUUUGGUCUGGACCGGGACAAUGUGAUCAACCAGUACAUCACCACUUUGCUGCUGCAGGAGGAUGAGGAAGGCGCUGGUGAAGCAGGGGAUGCAGCUGCAGACCAGGAGGAUGUGCAGCCUCUGAGCCAUGCAGACGCCCUGGAGCGAAUCCUGCAGAUCAUCCCCAUGCUGCACAGCACCAGCAACCUCACAGACAGCCUCAGCUCUGCUGUGCUCAAGCUUAGCCCCUACAACUAUGAGAGGAUCGAGGUAGCACUGAAGAUCAUACAGACUGCUGAUGAGAAUAUCCCCAACUUCUCAGUCAGUCAGGCGAUGGCUCUACUUCAGCACCUGAAGUCCUACAAGCGGAUCUCUCCUCCCUCAGAUGUAGAGGGCAUCUACCUGAUGGACAACGGGCUGCAGCCAACUCCUGCGUCCAACAGCAGGCUGCCCUUCCACCUGCUCAUGCAGACCAACCAUUAUUGGAAGAUUAUCUCUCCUGAGCUCAGUGAGGAGACUUUCCCUACGCUUCUUCUGAUUAGCAAGCUGAUGAAGGUGAACCUCGACAAAUUAUACAUGUUGGCUGCAAAGCAAGUGUUUGAGAAGAGCAUGAAGCCUCUGCUGCUGGAGGAGAACAAGAAGGGCCAGAAGCAUUUCUCCAAUAAAGAGACCUUCAAAGUGGCCAAGACAAUGAUGGAGUACAUCCACUUCAUCCAGAGCCCUGAGUGGGCUGCUGCCACCGCACACAAGAUCACUCAGGAGCUUCCUCCAGGCGUUGUGAAGUCUCAGUCACUCAGGUUCUGUUUGGCUCUUGGAGAAGCAUGGCUGAAGGACCCAAACCUUGAGGAGGCAGCUCGGGCCAGAGGGGAGACCUUCUUGUCCAAGCUGAAGCUGCAGUUUCAACACUCGGCCACGGAGAACGCCCUGACGGCCGGCGGGCUGAACAGUCCGGAGCUUCUGAAACUGACGGGGCUGCCAGCCAGGCUCAUUGUGGCUCUGUACGAACACAGCAGUGUGGAGCAGCGCUACAAGGACUCAGGAGGUCAGACCUAUCCUGACAUACAUGCUGUCUGUAAAGAAAUAGCUGCCAUCAACAGUGUGGAUCUUCUGAAGAUUCGUAACAUGCUGCUGGAGAAAUGGAUCUGCAAAACAGGGCCGGCUGCCAAGGACAUCAGCAACCAGGAAUGUGUUUACAACAUUGAGGAGGACCCUGACUUAAUGAGGGUGGUGUAUCUGCUGCAGCCGUGCCCCGGGGACGUUGCUGCCCGCCUUCUGAGUCCAAUCCUAUCUGUUGAGACCUGGCCUCUCAGCAGCUCAGGGCCACGGCUGACCUUCUGCCACCGGAGUCGAGCCCUGCUUUGUCUCAUCCGUCUUGCUGAUGCUGCCACCCUGGAAGCCCAGACACAAAUUCCCAGGACCAAAAUCAAGUAUUACCUGAAGUGCUACAUCUAUGUCUCUCGGCUAGAGGCCUUAAACAUCCCAUGCACGGUGGAGUCUUUCCUCGAUCGUCCCAAAGAGGGAAUGGUGAAGGGGCUGUGGAAGAACCACAGUCACGAGCCACAGGCUGUGCGCUUGGUGGCAGACCUUUGCCUGGAGUACCAGGUGUACGACCCUCAGCUGUGGAACGGGCUGCUGCAGAAGCUGCUGAGCUUCAACAUGAUCAGCCACCUCCAGAAGGUGCUAGAGGCAAUAGGUGCAGUUCCGUCCCUGUGGCAGAUAUCCAGUUUUUCCAGGACGUGGAGGAGUAUGAUACUGGCCCCUUUUGUCACAGCUUCUGUUCCACUGAGCCCAGAUCAACAAGCAACGCUCUAUAGGACAUUUGUUCUCCUCCUCAAGUGCCCUUUCCUGUUAAAUCUGGACCUGAUCGGCAUCGCCAACCGCUUUGCACAGUUCAACCUGCCAGCCUUUGCGUUGGGAACUCUCCUUCUCAUCCCCUGCGCCAGUAAGAAAGCACAGCAGAUCCAGGCCUUCCUGUCUUUAUGUAACCCAGUCGCCAUCCUGGAGCAGGUGGACGAGCUCAUGAGUACGGGGGAGUUGGCCGGCGUCCCCUCACAGAUCAGGGAGACGGUGUUAACUUUCAUCAGCCAAAACGGGCAGCACCCAAAACUGUUUAAGACCAAACACUUCAAGCAUCUGAAGCAGCUGAUCGUGUCGAGCGGUGAGCCCAACCAGCUGAAGCACCUGGUGGAUUACCUGAUCAGCCAGAACUGUGAGGAUGAAGCUAACUCCCUCGCUCGCGAGUACAUGAAACGCAGAGAGCACCAAAGAGGGAAACCGCUGUUAGUCGGCUCACCUUCACCUGGCUCUCUGAAGUUUCUCAAGGUAGAAAACGGGGUCUCAGGAUGAAGUGACACUAUUCUUCCAACUGUAUUUAUGUUAUUUUACUUUGUCUGUCUUGGGCUAGAGAUGCAAUAUUUGCACUUAACAUUUUUUCUAUUUUUUAUGUAAUACAUGAAUAAACACUUUUCAAUAUUA